CUAUCUUUGGUGGAGACACUCGCACGAUUCGAGAAGGACGUGAAGCGAACCGAUACCGGGUUCCUGGCGAUAGCAACAGAGGUGGAGAACGACGGAGAGAAGACCUCGGAACCUCCGGAAAAAAUCAAGGAAUUGCUGAAGGAGUUCCAAGACAUUCUCUCUGACGAUCUUCCGAACGAGCUACCGCCAUACCGAACGCACCAACACGAAAUCAUGGAGGAACCAGGUUCGAAACCGACCUUCCGAGCACCAUAUCGGCUAAGCCCCACAGAACUAGCUGACAUGAAGAAACACAUCGAGUAUCUUCUCGCCAAAGGACUCAUCCGACCAUCUACUUCGCCAUACGGUGCCCCAGUGCUCUUCACACCGAAACCGGACGGAAGCCUGCGCAUGUGCAUCGACUACCGAGCUCUUAACAAGCAGACAAUCAAGAAUAAAUAUCUGAUACCGCGAAUCGAUGACCUGCUUGACCAGCUUCGGGGAGCUACGCUAUUUUCCAAACUGGAUCUACGGUCCGGAUACUGGCAAAUACGGAUGGCGGACAACUCUAUCCACAAAACUGCUUUCCGAACUCGGUAUGGAUCGUACGAGUAUUUGGUAAUGUCGUUCGGACUCACCAACGCACCGGCAACAUUCCAAGCCGAAAUGAACCACAUUCUACGACCACUUUUUGACGAGUGCGUCGUGGUGUACCUGGACGACAUCCUCAUCUACUCCCGCGACAUGAAGCAGCACGUCGAACACCUGCGACGCGUCUUCGAAAUUCUUCGACGAGAACGAUUCUUCGUCAAACUGUCCAAGAGCGAAUUCGCCAUUGAGAAGAAAAUCGAAGCCGUACGUACGUGGAUGACACCCGAGAACGUGAAGGAGUUGAAGCAGUUCCUAGGCUUCGCUAAUUAUUACAACAGGUUCGUGCCACAGUAUGCGAAACUCGCAGCACCACUCACGAAUCUGCUGAAGAAGAACACACCCUACAAAUGGGAGAUGAAGCACAAGGAAGCCGUGGAGCAGCUGAAACAAGCACUAACAUCUGCACCAGUACUAAUCUUGCCAGACCCCGAACGCGACUACGUCAUCGAAGCUGACGCCAGCGACCAGGCAGUGGGAGCAGUCUUAAUGCAAGACCAAGGAAAUGGACUGCAACCAAUCGCCUACCUCAGCAAAAAACUGCACGGGGCAGAACUAAACUACCCGAUACACGACAAAGAGGCCCUUGCCAUCGUCAUCCCCUUCAAAGCGUGGAGAUGUUAUCUCGAAGGACGAAGAACAAUUGUCUACACCGACCAGUGCAGCCUUAAAUAUUUGAAGACACAACCCAACCUUUCCUCGAGUCAUUCGAUCCUGUGACAAAAAUAGUAGUACACAAGUCAAGG